GAUCCUGCUUUUCUCCUCAAACGUUUUCAGAACAGGUUACAUAGGGAUCAAGAAACCCAUGGAAUAGAUCCAUUGCCAGAGCAGCGGUUUUCUCAAUGGCUGACUUUCCAGGGACUGCAUCCUAGCAGUGGCUGAAGCCCUUGUAAACAGUGGGCUAGGACCAAAGCUUGUGUGGUGGUAUCAUGAUCCCCAAAGUUAAGUUUGACCGAAACCAGAAGUCAGAGGAGGAAGAAAAUACAUCCAUGCUCCAGAAAAGAAGGCUUACUUUCCCAGACACCGCGUGUUCUACAGGCAGCACAAUGACCUUUCACAAGAUCUCCUACAAAGUGAAAUUUAAGACCGGCUACAUAGGCUUUCGAAAGGAAGUUCAGAAAAUUAUUUUGUCAGAUAUCAGUGGUGUCAUGAAACCUGGUCUCAAUGCAAUUUUAGGACCUACAGGCUCUGGCAAAUCUUCGCUAUUGGACAUUUUAGCUACAAGGAAAGAUCCUGCAGGGCUGUCAGGGGAUAUUUUGAUAAACGGCAUCACUCUGCCUUCCCAUUUUAAAUGUAUUUCUGGAUAUGUAGUACAGGAUGACAUAGUGAUGGGAACUUUGACAGUCAGAGAAAAUUUAGAGUUCUCAGCGGCACUUCGGUUACCUUUAUCUAUGAGCUUUGAGGAAAAACAAGAGAGAGUCGAACAGGUCCUCAAGGAACUGGACUUGUCCAAAGUUGCAGAUUCCAAGGUUGGCACCUAUUUUAUUCGUGGAGUUUCUGGUGGGGAGAGGAAAAGGACCAGCAUUGGCUUAGAGCUCAUCACACACCCCAGAGUGUUGUUCUUAGAUGAACCAACAACCGGAUUGGAUGCCAGCACAGCCAAUGCCGUGUUGCUGCUCUUAAAAAAGAUGUCGUUGCAAGGGAAAACAAUAAUUUUUUCCAUCCAUCAGCCCCGGUACUCGAUUUUCAAAUUGUUUGACACGCUGACGCUGCUUGCUGAUGGAAAGCUCCUGUACCACGGCCCCGCUGAUAACACCCUUAGGUACUUUAAAAGCCUCGGUUAUGUAUGUGAACCGUAUAACAACCCUGCUGAUUUUUUUCUGGACAUCAUUAAUGGGGAUUCCACUGCUGUCGUGAUGAGUAAAACUUAUAUUGAUACUUGUAUAGGCCCUGAGCAAGUAAGCGAGUCCAUUGCGACAAAGUUAGCUGAAAAGUUUUCCAACUCGAGUUCCUACAAGACGUUGAGAGCAGAACUAGAUGAGUUGUCUUUGCAAAACAAAAGGAAGAAGGAAACUUAUAAAGCAAUUCCAUAUACCACUCCCUUUUUUCAUCAACUCAAGUGGGUGUCUAAACGCACGUUUAAAAAUUUGAUAGGCAACCCACAAAAUUCCACAGCUCAGAUAGCUAUUAUCACUUUUCUGGGAAUGCUUGUUGGAGCAGUUUUUGCUGGAGUUAAAAAUGAUGCCACUGGCAUUCAAAAUAGAGUUGGCGCUUUGUUCUUCUUGACGACCAAUCAGUGUUUGAAUAGUAUUACGACCGUUGAACUUUUUAUCACAGAAAAAAAGAUCUUUAUACAUGAAUACAUAAGUGGCUACUACAGAGUGUCUGCAUAUUUCUUCUCGAAGAUAAUAGCCGACAUGAUGCCCAUGAGGACUUUGCCAGGCAUCAUUCUCACCUGCUUAAAUUAUUUCACUAUAGGUUUUAAGCCAACUGCGGCAGCCUUUUUUAUCAUGAUGAUUACUAUUAUAUUAGUCGCCUACGCAGCGAGUUCUAUGUCCCUGGCGAUAGCAACAGGACAGGAUGUGACAUCCGUUGCAAACAUGUUUAUAAACAUCUGCUUUGUUUUUAUGAUUGUUUUCUCGGGCUUGUUGGUAAAUAUCACAACAGUUUCCUCUUGGUUGUUGUGGCUGAAGUACUUCAGUAUCCCUCGCUAUGGCCUGAAUGCUUUGCAAAUCAAUGAAUUUACUGGGCUCAAGUUUUGCAAGGAUACCACAGAAGGAAUCAACAUAACAUGCAUCACACCUAGUCCAUUUACAAUAUGCACUGGAGAAGAGUAUUUGAGAAUGCAAGGCAUCAGUGUGACUCCUUGGAGCAUGUGGCAGAAUUACGUUGCGCUUAUAUGCAUGACAAUCACUUUCCUCACAAUUGCAUACCUAAAACUGAGAUUUCUAAAAAAGUUCACUUAAGCAAGUGCGGUAGAUCUUUGUACCCAAGACUGCACCAUUCUUUUAUAGUAAACAUGCAAUAUUUGUAAAACAUGCAGCUCAUUAAAUAUCUUGCUGAUUCA